AUGGGCCAAAAACGUCCAUGGGGUCUAACAUGGCGCUCAAGCUCUCUCUUCGUUGUGGGAACCGUCGGCAUUGCAUUAUUCACAGACCUCUUCCUCUACGGUAUUAUUGUACCCAUCCUUCCCUACCUACUCGAGGAUCAUAUCCACAUACCUCACAACCAAAUCCAGGGCUAUGUGUCCGGCCUGUUAGCAAUCCAUGCCCUUGCCAGCGUCCUGUUCUCCCCCAUAGCCGGUAUUAUCGCCGACCGAGCUUCAACUUCGGCCAAGUUACCCUUUCUCGGCGGCCUGCUCGCUCUGCUUCUCGCCACGUUACUGCUAUGUCUGGGUCAGACGUUCGCCGUUCUGGCGAUUGCUCGCGUAUUGCAAGGUAUGAGUGUUGCAGUUGUAUGGACGAUCGGCCUUGCAUUGGUUCGUGAUACCGUGGGCCCGGAGAAGUUAGGGACCACUAUUGGCUCCAUCUUUGGAUUUGUAUCCAUUGGGCAGCUGGUCGCCCCUGUGCUUGGUGGAGUAGUCUACAGUAAGGCUGGGAUUCUUGGAAUAUUUUGGAUGGCAUUUGCGGUCCUGGUAUUGGACUCUGUGAUGCGGGUCAUGCUUAUCGAGAAGAAGACUGCGGAGAGAUACGUAUCUGCCCAACAAACAGAGGCGGGCGUAUCUGGAAGUGAAGAGGAUGAUGGCGACGCCCUAGUCCGAGACGAGGCUCGGGAGGAAGAGCCGUUGCUCGAAAGACAAGAAUUGCGAGCGUAUAAACUGACAGGUGGUGAAUCACAAACUGUUAUAACGUGGGCGUUUCCCUUGAUAUCUUGCCUAAGACAUCCGAGACUGCUUACGGCGUUGCAUCUUGCACUGUCCCAAGCGAUCCUUUUGUCCGCGUUUGAUUCUACUAUAUCUACAGUUGCUCAAGAAUAUUUCAGGUUUACGUCCUUGGAGGCUGGCCUACUCUAUCUCGCUAUAGUGGUACCUUAUGUCAUUGGGGGGCCUAUCGCUGGUCGGAUCGUCGACAAGAGAGGACCAAAGGGUGUGGCAGUAUUUGCAUUUGGGUUUCUUGUGCCUUCAUUAUCUCUAUUGCACCUCGCUCGCCCUGGAGGCAAGGACCAGGUUGCGAUUUAUUGUGCUAUUCUAUCCUUGAAUGGGUAG